CAUGUGCUGCUAAAUACAGUGUGAACGAAUGAAUCUUUCCCAACGUUUAUAUAUAUAUAUUAGAACAAUAGAUUUUGCAGAAGCAUCAUCAAGUUCUUAGCCAUGGCGGAAGUAACAGGUGUGAAAGUUGUGGAGGUUUGCAGUGUGGCACCAUCAGAAACAACCAACUGCUCCACUCCGACAUCUUUGUCUCUGACAUUCUUUGACGUACUAUGGUUAAGGAGUCCCCCAGUUGAACGUGUUUUCUUCUAUCAACUUCCCAACACAACAACCAUUUCAUUCUCUCACACCAUUCUUCCAAAUCUCAAACACUCUCUUUCUCUCACACUCCAACACUUUCUCCCUCUUGCCGGCACCAUCACAUGGCCCCAAGAAUCUCCACACCCCAUCAUCAACUAUGUCCCUGGAAACGCCGUUUCCUUCACCGUAGCUGAAUCCACCGUUGAUUUCAACAUGCUUUGUUCCGACACAUGUCAGGCUUCUCUGCGGCAUCCAUUGAUACCCCACUUGCCAACUUCCGACGAACAAGCAUCAGUGAUGGCUCUCCAAGUUACCCUUUUUCCCGGCUCUGGUUUUUCCAUCGGAAUAACCACACACCAUGCAGCCAUGGAUGGAAAAGCCUCAACCUUGUUUCUCAAAGCAUGGGCCUAUGUUUGCUCCAAUAUCCUCACAGAAUCAUCGUUUUCGUCGUUGCCGAAACACCUAGCGCCCUUCUAUGACAGGUCAAUGAUAAAGGACACGACAGGAAUGGGUGCGAUGUAUCUGAAGAGUUGGUUGAACAUGGGUGGACCGAACAAUAGGAGCAUGAAGGUGUGGGAUCUUGGAGGUGUAAACGCAAUGUCAGCAGAAUCAGUUAGAGGGUCGUUUGAGUUAACCUCUUCAAACAUCCGACAACUGAAGCAACAUGCGAAAUCCAAGCUCAACGAGGAUGCUCACGUGACGACAUUUUCGGUUGCGUGUGCUUAUGCGUUGCAGUGUUUGGUGAAGGCAGAAGAACCUAAGACCGAAGGAGUGGCCUUUCUGUUCAGUGUGGAUUGUAGGUCUCGCUUGGAGACACCCCUUCCCUCCACGUAUUUUGGAAACUGCAUCAUUGGUCAUAAGGUUAUGGGUGGGACAAAGAAGUUGUUGGGAGAUGAAGGUUUCGUCAAUGGCGUCGAAGGGAUGAAUGAAGCUUUGAAGAAGUUGGAGGAUGGAGUGUUUGGUGAGGCAGUGAAUUUGUCUACAAUGAUGAAGAUUGCGAGGGAUAAUAGAAUAUUUACUACUGCUGGGUCACCGCGAUUUGAGGUUUAUAGCAUUGAUUUUGGAUGGGGAAGGCCAUUGAAGGUGGAUAUGACAUCCAUAGGUAAAACUGGAGCGUUUUGUGUUUCUGAGAGUAGGGAUGAGAACGGAGGAGUUGAGAUUAGUUUGGUGCUGAAUAAACAAGAAAUGGAAGCUUUCGGUUCUCAUUUUAAUCAAGGUCUUCAAUCCCUUUGAUGUUGUACAACUUUCAAGGAGGCUCUUAUUUUGGAAAAUUUAUGUUUUGAUCCUAUUGGGCUUUCCCGUUGUUUUGGUUUUUCUGUUUCGUCUCUUGAAUGCUGUAACAUCUCAUUUAUUUAAUAAAACUAAA